CUUGUCGCAUUUCUAUCCACACCAAAGUGAGGAAUGUUGAACAUAUCGACGUGUGUUUGUAGAUUGAAUUGACGAUAAUUUGGUUUACAAUUCAGUUUAACCUUUUUUUUUUUAAAUAAUAAACAUCAGAACGGAAAUUAAACAUUACUACUGCGCACUAAAAAUGAUCGGGAUUUGGUACCUCAACAAAAUAUUUAUUAUACAUCUUUCAACUCUAGGAUUAUUGAUGCUGUCAAGAAUAGACUCCGUCGCAGCAAUAAAAUGUUUCAAAUGCGGCGUUACUGUAGAAAAAAAUUAUAUACAAAAUAUAACUGUUUUGACGCCAAUGUGCACUAAAUUUGACUGGUCUGAAAAUUUUAUCAUUGAUUGCCCAUUUUCGACAAUGUGCUUAAAAACCAUUUCAACACUUCAUUUGCAAAACGAAAAACAAAACGCUAUAACAAGGGGAUGCGCGCCGCAAAAAGAUACUAAACAGGUCUUUAAGAAUCGUCGAUGGCAACAAGAAUAUUCGGUACAAGAAGUGUACGAUGAAGGCUGUAUAGAAUUUAAGGCAAAUCACUUGUCAGUAUCCAGUAAAAUACACUGCUAUUGCCGGGGUAAUUUAUGCAACUCAGGACCAGGAAAAAUCUUUGCUGAGCGAAUACUCGCUACAAGCAUAGUUCUACUUUUCUAUUUAUUGCACUUAUUGUAGUAAAUAUUGUGAUAUAAACAACUACCGUUGAACUACCUAGAAUUAGACAUUUACAAAUUUUCAAAAAUACACGUACACAUAUAUAA